UGUUAUAGUAAAAUUGUAUCAGUAUCAUUUUCUGUAUAUUAAUUUUUUAAUUUUUAAUCUGUAUCAUAUUUUCUUAAAAUGGAAGAAUUGGAUAUAUUUGAUGAGUCUAGUCCUGAGAGUGUUAGCAUAGAUGGUAACGAAUUUGAUAUUAAUCCCCCUGAUCCCUCAUCUAACUCCGACGACUUAAAUAGGCCAUCGAAUUUAAGAAGCGCCCCUUUUGAUCAAUCCAUUAUUACAAGCAGGGAAAUGGAUGAGGAAGAUGAAGAAGUGGUCGAAGACGUCGAUGACGAUUUUGAAAACUUUCAUGUCGAAUUUGGUAAUAAAUCGGAACAACGCUUAAACUUAUUCGCAGAAUCAUCCCAGCCGUCUCAUGUUAGUUCAUUAUCCAGACAAUCACCUCGAACUGAAACUUCACAACCGUCACCUCAUCGAACUGAGGCCUCCCAAUUUUCACAACGUAGUACACUGUCACGAUCGUCACCGCAAACUCAAUCAUCACAACCAAUUUCUCAGUCACAACCUGAAUUAUUUGAUGAUUUAGCAAAGGUUACAACUGACACUAAUACUGGUAACAAUAUCGACACAGUUGAUACUAAUACUGUUGCUCCUCUUGAUAAAGAUGUUGUAAUUGAUAAACCUGGGGUAUCUGAGACAAGUGUGAGACCAGAAUUAAGGGUUAGGAAGAGAGGAAGACCUAAACUUAAUAGGGACAUAUCUUCCCGCCCUAGUAUGGUUAGUAAAACGACUUCUCGAUCUCCUGUUGCGUCUAAAAGAGCAACUGUUCAGAAAGAGCCCACAAAACCGCCUGUAAUGAACCCAGCCCAUAUAAUCUCCGAAUAUAAAAAGCAGAAGCUGACCAAUGACGAGGCAUUUGACGCCUUAAUCCGAUAUCGCAUUAACAGCAUGUUACCGCGUCCGUCGGAGAAGAUGCACUAUAAUAAAGAUGGUGAGAUCACCAUUCCCAAGGGUUACAAGUUCGGUCGAAGCCGUGACUCGACCGGUAAAACCCUGAAACGCCAGGGACUGACCCGCAUCGAACGCGAGAUUAUGGCCUAUCAAAAAAGUACACAUAUGCUCAUCCCAAGGGCAAUCUUUGCCAGAAUCGUUAGAGAAAUCGCACAAAAUUGGUGGGCCGGUUCAGGACAAAUUAGGUUCACCGUAGAGGCCCUAGCUGCUCUUCAAGUAGCUACUGAGGAUGAAAUCACUAAGCUUCUCGAAAUUUCAACAGCUUGUUCACAUCAUGCCAAGAGAAUCACACUCAGAGUAGAUGACAUGAGACUCGCAAGAUUCUGCCGAGGAAGACAAGAAUAUGAAUUUUCCAAUAUACUACCUUGAUCCUUAUUUACAUAUUAUACUUAUAAGCCAAAAUCAUCCUUUAAACUCCUUACUGCUCUUUAUUCUAACAAGUUUUUUAUUGUUAACUUUGGUCUAAUUAACUUUCUUCAAUUUAGUAAUAUUUU